AAAAUGGGCUCAAAACAGGUUUGGUCCAGAUUUUAGUUUGGGCUGGCAGCCUGUCGGCUCCAAUACAAUACCAAACCCUACCCGUGAUUUUCACUUGUUGUUUCUCUAUAGCCGAAUCUUCCUUCAACAUCUUCGCUUUUGAGCAUCGGUGUUUGUUCUCUUUUUAAGCCUGCUGACCAAAAUGGCGUCUCAGUUGAGCAAAAAGCGAAAGUUUGUAGCUGACGGUGUGUUCUUUGCUGAGUUGAACGAGGUCCUUACCAGAGAACUUGCAGAGGAUGGGUACUCUGGUGUUGAAGUCAGGGUCACACCUAUGCGUACCGAGAUUAUAAUUAGGGCUACCCGUACCCAAAACGUUCUUGGUGAGAAGGGAAGGAGAAUCAGGGAGCUGACAUCACUUGUUCAGAAGAGAUUUAAGUUCCCAGAAAACAGUGUGGAGCUUUAUGCCGAAAGGGUUAACAACAGAGGCCUCUGUGCUAUUGCUCAGGCUGAGUCUUUGCGUUACAAGCUUCUUGGAGGCCUUGCUGUUCGCAGGGCUUGCUAUGGUGUUCUAAGGUUUGUUAUGGAGAAUGGAGCUAAAGGGUGUGAGGUGAUCGUGAGCGGAAAGCUUAGGGCUCAACGUGCAAAGUCAAUGAAAUUCAAGGAUGGAUACAUGGUAUCAUCUGGUCAACCGGUCAAGGAGUAUAUCGACUCCGCUGUCAGACACGUGCUUCUUAGACAGGGUGUUCUCGGUAUCAAGGUAAAGAUCAUGCUUGACUGGGACCCAACUGGCAAGCUUGGGCCCAAGACACCGCUGCCCGAUAAUGUUGUUAUUCAUAUGCCUAAGGAUGAUGUGGUUGCACUACCGCCCAAAGAGGUUGAAGAAUACAGGCCACCGCUUGUGCUUGGUGACGAGCCUUUGCCCAUGCCAGUACCAGUUUAAAUCUCCAGUCACAACAUAUGAUUAGCAAUCUGUGAUGAUCCGUAGACUUUGCGUGUUAUAAAAGAUAAGUUUUGGUUGUGUUUUUGUUGAGUUCGCUUUUGACUCUUUUCAUGUGUACUGGUGUUCUUUCGCUGUAAUCAUACUUUCUACAGUUAGUUCAAUGGAAUUUGUGUUA